AUGAAUCAAAAUAAUCAGGAGAACUGUGUUCGUUGUAGAAACCCAGUAAAAGUAGCAAAAAGUGGAACUCAGUGCAAGAAAUGUGGAAUUAUCUCACAUAACAGUUGCCUGAACACCCGAAAAAAUGUAACAUUUUUUAAGGAUGGCACAGUCAUCUGUUGCAAAGAUAUAUCUGAAACAACCGAUAGUGAAAAAAUAAGCCUUAGUCAACCUGUUACUGCUGACGAAAAAACAUCCGAUAAAGAAAUACCCUAUAAUGGAGAAAGUUCCUCAAGCGCCAUAGAUAAAGUCACCAUAAAAUACCUUGAAGAGUUGAUCAAACAAAAGGAUCUAACAAUAAACAACCAAAAUAUAGCUAUACAAGCUCUGACUGAUCAGGUUUUACUACUUAAACGGGAAAUACAAUUUUCCACUGCUCUACCUCUUCAAGUAAUGGAAAACCAAGUGCCUAUCGCAGAUGAUCCAGGAAACUCAAGCAAACAUGUCUUCAAGAAUGAUUUCUCGGCAGCAUUACAUACCACGCACUCUCGUUUAAUAUGUCAAAAUGUAAUCGGUUUGGGUCAACAUCCCUCGGUCUCUGUGCGUAAACCAAACGAACGGAAUAUUUUAGUUGGCACGGGGCAAAACUCCACAAAUUGUCCAUUCAAAGCUGCUAAAAUUAACGAAAAUUCUGCUAAGUAUAGAUACUAUCACGCAACUAAAUUUGAUCCUGACACCAAUGGAGAUGAACUAAAUAAGUAUCUGAAAAACUACGCCCCUAAUCUGAAAGUUGAAAAACUGAACUCGCGAAGACCGGAUCUCUACGCCAUAUAUAUGGAAAGCCCCACGUUGGGCGCCAAUGACGCUUUGGGCUUAAGGAGGCUUAAGUGCAAUGGAGCUUAG